AUGAGUGGCGGAGAAAAUAUAAGCGUAAUGGCGUACUACGUCGUUUUGGCAGUUCUCUCGGCGACUACUCUGAUUUUCGCCGCCGUCCUUUUCGUCCUCUGUCGGCGCAAGCCUCCGGCGAAAGCGGAGGACGAGGAGAGAGUACCGGCUGCCAGGGUCGCUGCGGCGGCGGCGUACUCGCUGACGGAGGUGGACGCGGCCACCGACGGGUUCAACCACCGGCGGAUAAUCGGAAAGGGGAGGAUCGGCACGGUGUACCUGGCGGUGAUGGCGAAGGGGGAGCUGGCGGCAGCGAAGAGGAUCCACCCGCGGCUGGUGCUUAAUAACGCCGGGUUUAGGUUCUCGACGGUGCUCAAAUGGCUGUCGCUAUGUGAUCAUCCCCAUCUGGUGCCCAUCACAGGAUUCUCAGAGGCUCCCGGCGAACGAAUCAUACUGAUGGAAUUCGACGGCAUGCUGAGCCUCGACUUCUACCUCCACCAGAAUCCCGACGGGGCGGCCCUCCUCGACUGGAGCCGGCGGCUGAGAAUCGCCGCCGGCGCCGCCAGAGGACUCGAGUACCUCCACGAAGUGGUGGCCCCGCCAAUCAUCCACGGAUGCGUGAAGCCAUCAAACAUACUGGUCGACGUGAAAUUCUGCGCCCGGUUAACAGACUACGGGCUACAUUUCCUCGCGCCCCACGAGAAGCAGGGUCUCGUGGGGUACGUGGACGAUUCGUAUUGGACAUCGGAGGAGGAGAAAAAUGGGGCGUCGAAGGAGUGCGACGUGUUUGGAUUCGGUGUUGUUUUGUUGGAGUUGUUGAGUGGGAGGAAGAGUGAGGGAGGGUUGAUUGUUCAAUGGGCUUUGCCUUUGAUUAAGGAGUUGAGGUUUUGUGAGUUUUUGGACCCAAGACUUCCAAUUCCAACUCAUGUGGAGCCACUUGUAAGAUUAGGUAAGGUGGCUUUGGCUUGUGUUGGGAAUUGUAGGGAGAAUAGGCCAUCCAUUUCACAAGUGGCCUCAAUUUUGAGGGAUUUGGAGACAAGCUUGUGA